UAUAUAGAAAAAGUAAAAGUGCAAAAUUAAUUUUACGUAAAAGGACUACCUCUCGAAAACAGUAUUUAGGCUAGUCAUAUAAUCGCGACUUGUAACAUGUCGAGAAACCGCCCGCAACGAAAAUCCACCAAGUGUUUCCUGUUUUGGAUAUAAAAGGAGGUUGAUAGCGCCGUUUCAAAUCACUACCGAAAUCGGUUUUGACGUAAGUGUAUUUAUUUAUGUUUUGAGUAUAAGAUUUCGCGAAAUCCGUUGGGAACCAUGCAAUUUUUGAAGUGGUUGUUCGUGUAUUUUCUGUCCAUGAUUUCCUGGGUUUUCGUUAAAGCUGGCGGGGGCGGAGGGCACCACGAACACGUGGUAAUUAAGGUUCCAGAAUUUCAUCACGUUCACAAACACUACGAGACGGUGUACAAAACUAUACACCACGGAGGUGGUGGAGGUGGGGGUCACAGUCACGGUGGAAAGCCUUUCCAUUUCGGCGGCCACAAUUGAGAGCAAAAUCAUUUUCGGGAUAUGUUUUAGCACUACAUUUCCAAUAGGUGUUUUGUAAUAUUGCGUGGCAGCCGUUGAAAAAAUAGUGUAGUUUAUUCAACUUAAAUUUUCUAUGCUGCAUAUUCUAAAGCAAGGAACCUUUGCAUCUAUUUGAUUUUCUGAUGUAUUAAAAUAUCAUGUGCAAUCUGUUAAUUUAAGUUAGGUUAAGGUUACUUUGACGUUGUAAUUUGUGAUAAUAAAUGUA